UUGCACAUUCAAGUGGAAAAUUUUCGGGAGUCAGCAGAAACAUUGUAUCCAAAAAAGACAAAGUCGCAGUUGCAGCAACACCGAGGAGCUUGUCCCUGGAAAACUUCCUUUCGGUUUAUUUCCUUGAAGACUCCAGGCUUAGGCUUGGAGACCCCAGCCAUCACCAUUGAGCCCAGCAGCUGGAGCGGCAGCGAGAGUCCUGCCGAAGAUAUUGAAAGAAUGAGUGAUUCUGCAGAUAAACCUAUUGACAAUGAUGCAGAAGGUGUCUGGAGCCCUGACAUUGAACAGAGCUUUCAGGAGGCUCUAGCUAUCUAUCCACCAUGUGGGAGGAGGAAAAUCAUCUUAUCAGAUGAAGGCAAAAUGUAUGGUAGGAAUGAAUUGAUAGCCAGAUACAUCAAACUUAGAACAGGGAAGACACGGACCAGGAAGCAGGUGUCUAGUCACAUACAGGUCUUAGCAAGAAAGAAAGUUCGAGAAAUUCAAGCCGCCAUUAAGGUGUCUAGUCACAUUCAGGUUCUUGCCAGAAGGAAAUCUCGUGAUUUUCAUUCCAAGCUGAAGGUAACAAGCAUGGAUCAGACAGCAAAGGACAAAGCACUCCAGCACAUGGCAGCAAUGUCAUCAGCUCAGAUAGUCUCAGCUACUGCUAUUCACAACAAGCUGGGCCUGCCAGGAAUUCCCCGUCCUACAUUUCCUGGGGCACCUGGGUUUUGGCCGGGCAUGAUUCAAACGGGGCAGCCUGGAUCCUCACAAGACGUUAAGCCAUUCGUUCAGCAGGCCUAUCCUAUACAGCCAUCAGUCACAGCUCCCAUUUCAGGAUUUGAGCCUACAUCAGCUCCAGCUCCCUCAGUCCCUGCGUGGCAGGGCCGAUCAAUUGGUACGACCAAGCUCAGGCUGGUGGAGUUUUCGGCUUUCCUUGAGCAGCAGAGGGAUCCUGAAUCAUACAAUAAACACCUCUUCGUACACAUUGGACACGCUAACCAUUCUUACAGUGACCCGUUGCUCGAGUCGGUGGACAUUCGUCAGAUUUAUGACAAAUUUCCUGAAAAGAAGGGCGGUCUAAAGGAACUGUUUGGGAAGGGGCCUCAGAACGCUUUCUUCCUCGUAAAAUUCUGGGCUGACUUAAACUGCAACAUCCAGGAUGAUACAGGAGCAUUUUACGGAGUCACUAGUCAGUACGAGAGCUCGGAAAACAUGACAAUCACCUGUUCCACCAAAGUCUGUUCAUUUGGAAAGCAAGUAGUAGAAAAAGUAGAGACUGAAUAUGCAAGGUUUGAGAAUGGCCGAUUUGUGUACAGGAUAAAUCGCUCUCCCAUGUGUGAAUAUAUGAUCAACUUCAUACACAAGCUGAAACAUUUACCCGAGAAAUACAUGAUGAACAGCGUGUUGGAAAACUUUACAAUUUUAUUGGUGGUAACAAACAGGGAUACACAAGAAACCCUGCUCUGCAUGGCUUGUGUAUUCGAAGUGUCAAACAGCGAACAUGGAGCACAGCAUCAUAUCUACAGGCUUGUAAAGGACUGAGCAGUUAUUUAUAUAUACACUUCAUUUCACUUCUUUAUCAAAACACAGACUGUAAACCUCAAACACUAAGUGGCAGUGCCUCUGGCCCAACUUUCACCCACAUUUUUCUAAAUCCUGUUUUAGUGAAGUCAUUUUUAAUGUGUUCAUAUAUAAUUGUAGCUGUGAAAUUCUGGUACAGUUGUAAAAAUUAUUUCUAAAACUAAGUGUUCUUCAAAUUUGUAAACCACAGUUCUUUGGGAAGACUGUAUUUAAGAACCUAAUGCCUCUGUCUGUGGAGGCCUAUUUUUAAUUCUGAUAGAAAAAUGUAUGACAGAGCAUUUGCCAUGGGGAAAAACUGACAGCGUUUAUAAGAAUUUAUUUUGGGUUUUUUUCCAACAUGAAAUACUUGUUUUACAAUGCAAGUGAAAUUGAAAUGAAUCUUUAGCUAUAACUGUAAAUGAGUACGCAAAGUUAAUAAUCUUUAUAGAAUUAUCUUUGUAACUAAUUAGGGUGGAAGAUAUGGACGAAUGUAAUUCACUAAAUUAUUUUUUAAAAUGAAACAUUUUUCUGUUUGAAACCAAAUGAAAAAUAUAGCCUUAAGAAAUGCCUGAUGGAAACAGACAGGUCCUAAAAUUAGGCAAAUUUUGUAUUUUUUUCUCAACGCUAAAACUAAUCUUCUAAUCCAUUAAACUUUCAAACAGGUAUUGCAGAGAAAGAAAACAUCAUCCCUUACCCCUAACAUAUCUAGUGUAUUUUAAAAGAGUAUAAAGUUGUAUUGUACUAAUAUGAAAAUUUGAUUAUUUAAUGAAAAAGAUGGCUCAUUUUGCAAUAAGUAGGUAAAUACUGAAGAUUUAGACUUGCAUUAUAUGUAGUCUUGUGUGUGCAGUUAUAUUUUAUAUGGACAACUGUGUUUUCUAAUAAGUUGAGCAAAAAACUUGCAACUCUGAAAUGAACAGAUGAACGGAAACAACUGACAUUGUGACAGCAUCAAGUAAUUCGUAAACAGAAAGCAAAACACUAACGUGUUUGAAAGAAGAGUAUGUACAACUCUGAAAGGAUCAACAGCUUUAAUAUCUAUGAGAUGCUAGAAAAUCACAACCAACAAUCAGGCAAAGAAGAUUGGAAAGUGGAGAUAUUUUUUUUUUCUCCUUUUCCUCUCAGUCAUGGUGCUCUUACACCUCCCCCAGUUGUCUCUCCAGUUCUGACUGGCCAAGACCUUUACAAAACAGACACAUACGUACCACGUGGGGUCUGCUGUCCUUUUGCAUCCAGAUGUGGUAGUAUUCAUCCUUCUGAUAUAUUCAGGGAAGACUCCAGGAAGAGAAGUACAGCUGGAGAUAUUUUAAUACUGUAAGGAUUUGAACCAUGGAUGUGGGUGUGAGUGAUUGUCUGAGGUAGCACGUGUGAGAGCAGUAGUCUCAUUCCUCCUGGUCACAUCAGAGAGUGUUGCUCCGUUUCUUCUCUCCUGCUGCAGCCCAGCACAGCCCCUCAGUUGCCCAAGCAGUUGUUUGGGCAGGUGCUGGGCCAGCAGCGGGUUCUCAUGUGAUACCUUUGUCUGAAAGGCUGAGGGCUGCCCGACCAAGCACAAGCCACCUUAGAGAUCAGUCAUGAGGUAUCAGCAAAGAGGGUUCUUGGGAAGGUCUUUUGUAGUCCCAAAUCAAAGAAGUUAACGUUUAGCAGGUCCCUCCUCCCUACCCUUUUACAAACAGUGCCCACGCGCCAUUUAAGUGUAGAAUUUACUCCCAGUGCUGUAGUCUUCAAAAAAGAAAGCUGUUUGGUUUGGUUUUUUUUAUAUUAUAUGCCUGCAUAGUACUGUCUGUUAGAAUUGCCCAUUGUUGAGUUCUCCAGACUAGAACAGAGCCUAGAUGAGGCAGUGGGUCGCUGUAUGUCUGCGUCAGACCAGGUUCAGACUCAGCACUGGUGAGGCCUCGGGUUAGAGAGCGGGUAGGUGGAUGAUUGCUGUGAUGUCUAGCUGUUACCUGCUUGUGGAUAUUAGGGCUGAUGAUCUUUCAGUUUUAUAUUCUGCGAACUGAACAGAGAAAUAUGUCCAUGGUAAAGUCUCUUUUAAUGCUCAUUUUUUAACACUAACAAUCACAUCAGGAAAAGCACUGCAUUGUAACAGCCUAACGGUAGCCCUUUAUUCUAAGCACUUGGUGUUACAAGUCAAAAACUACUUUGUUUUUUUGUUCUAAAGUUGUCUUUUAUUUAGGGUUUGAAUUGUGGGUUUGGUGAUUUAUUUUUUUUUAAUUUUUUUUGUUUGUUUGAUAACAAGCAAACUCUUUAAGGCAUAUAAAGUAUGUAAGUCAAUUUUCAAAACCAGGUACAGGUUUUUUUAAUAGAGUCUGACACACUACAUAUGCCAUAACUCUAGGGUAUAAACAGUCACAAUGUUUAUUGGUGUUCACAUAUGUAAUAUUAGGGAAACUACUUCCAUCGUCUUUUCUUUACACUUCUGUAAAUGAUCCAUACCCUGUAUAUGUUAAUUCUUAAAAGCCUUAAUCCUUCAACUGUUGAGUGUGGGGUGUGUAGUCCAACAGGCUGCCUGUAAACUGUGAGCUCUUUUGUAAGCUGGAAGUACUUAUCUUGUUACUGUUACUUUUUUGUAGGAACCUUUUAAUUGAGAGCUGCCAAAGCAUUACAAUAUGCAGUGCCUUAGCAUUAUAUUAGAAGAACCUUUAGCCUCUUAACAUAAAUUUUAUAUGUUGUUUUAUUAAUUGGUUCCAUUUUUAAAAUAUCUGUAUUUUUUCCCACAGAAAAAAUAUUACUCUUUGACUGCUUGGUCUAAACCAACCGUCUGUACAAGUCAGUCCCAUUCCUACGCAGAUAAAUGCCUAUACCAAAAGGAAAGGUUACAGAUUCUUAGUUCUCCGUGAAAAAGUGAAUUGUAUUAAGAAAUGCUGCCUUUUUAAAUUUCAUGACCAAAUAAUUAAUUGUGACUCUUCUGCACUCUAGCAUGAAAGUGCCUUUGGUUUGAAAUUCCAGCUUAGAAAAGUGCUGCCAUAAUAAUGACAAUUUGUAGAGAGACCAAAAAUAUUUAGUUAUCACCGUAAUGCCUUUGGUUUAUUGGAAUAAGUUGAAUCUACAGGCCUCCAUUCACAAAAGAGCACCAUUCAUAGCAAAGUGAUUUUGCUAAUGAUCAGCCUGCUGAAGAAUAAUCUACUGUUUGCCAUUUCUGACAGCAUUGCAAUCCAGCAACUGAUUUGUCUGUGAUAUAAAAAUGAAAAUAUUCACGUUGAUAUUCUCUUCAUCCAGUCAUGCAUCUGCAUAAUGAGAGAUCCAUAUACUGCAGAAUUUCAGUGGACAGACAUGACUUCACUGAUCUCCUCUAAUAAUAUUUCGGCAUCUGUGAAGAUUCUUUGUUUAGACACAAGAUUUUGUUUACAAAGUUGUGCAUGCUGAAAGUCAGCUGCAUAAAAACCAAGAUGAAAAUGGAGAACCGAGAACAGUUAUAGGGAAAAUGGAAUUGUGUGUUUUUAAGCAUUGAAAUGUUGGGUGUGAGCGUUGUGGAUGAAGGUGCUGUUAGAGAAACUCUGGCCAGCACGAUUCAAAACACAGGGUUGUUUUGUUUAUCUCCCAGAUGAUGUCUUGGAAAAAAAAAAUUAGCUCCUCUUAAUUACGUGUCUGUAUUUGAUACCUUCUGUGAACGGGGGCCAUACUGUACACUACAACUGAAAUCGAUGGGAAGAGGAGCAAGAUUUUAAGAAAACAAUGUUAGAAAGAACAAAUAUCAGCAAAACCAAAAGCUGUCAGAGGGAUUAUAUAGUUGUGAAUACAAUUUUAACUUGAUUUUUAAAGUAUUUGAUGAAAACUAAGAUUAACUUUUUAUAUAGAGAAAUAUUGUGACACUGUGUGGUAAAUAUUGUGAUAAUUCAAGUUCCCUUUCUCUAAAAUAUUAUUUUUGUUAUUCCUUCAAGGUCUAAAUCUCACUUACCUCUAUAAGAUAAGUAAUCCUGUUGAACAUAAUGAGACUGAGGUAGGGCAAAGACACUUUAGCCCCACAAGCAGAGCAAAACAUUUUCAGUUAUUGCCAAACGUUGCAGCUGUACUAGUCAAUAUUUGUGAUAAACUACACCUCUGUCUCGUUGAAAUAAGAAUAAUGGUACCAUUUGGGGCUGUUAAAAAUUACUACUAACAAGUGUAGUUUUACUUACUUGAAUUCCAGACCGAUUUUAUUUAGGUACUGCACCACUAUUUUGAAGGAAUCACAGACAUAAUGCCUGUUUCUCACUUUCCCUUUCUCCCGCAGCUACAGCUCAGUAAGUUUGGCAGUAGCUUCUUCCGUUAGACCUCCAUGGGAUGGGCUAUUGGGAAUAAUGAAGGGUGUACAUUAAUGUUGAAUGUAAGUAACUGGCCACUUCGGGGCAGAUACAGCAUUUGACGUACUAAUCCAUAUCUAUUUAUUUUUCCACUGCGGGUCCUGGGGUGUACUUGCUUCCUGAAGCAGUUCCCCCUUGGAGUUUUCCUGGAGCACUCAGUCAGUCAUACUGAGAAACUCCUUUCCUUGACCCAUACUGAAUACACUGAUACACAUGCCCAGUCACACAGCAGAUGUGUAUAAUAGAAUCCAGUUUUGUACUUUUCUCAGGAUGAUCUCUUUUUUUCCCUCCCCUCUUACCUUUCAUAACAAGAUGUUUAGCCCCCUAAAAAAAGAUUUGAGGCUGGAUAAGUCAAAGUACAAGAAACACUUCGGACAUCUUCAUCUUUUAACUUUUCAGGUCAUUCUUGCUGAGAUCAUGUCAUUAGUUUCAGUGUGUAAAUUAAAUCUUAAAUGCACUCAGUUGACUAAAAGGAGAUGGAUCCCUGUUACCUCCUUACAGAGUAUAUGUUUUUGUUUUGUUUUGUUUUGUUUUAUGGGCCUCUGAUUCAGGCUCACGACUGCAGACAAAAAAUACAAUAUGUGCCUGAAAAAAAAAAAAGACAAAAGAAUUUUAUAACAUUGAAAACCUGAAUAGCCUUUAAUUCUUCAGUACAUUUUAUGUAAAACAGGUUGGGUUUUUGUUUUGUUUUGGGGUUUUUUUGCCAUGUGCAUUUGUUCACAUUUGUAAAUGACUUAAUGGAAUUCUCACUUUAUGUUUAUUUGUGUAAUGUGUAUAAAAUGGGUUUGUGACUUAAGCAUAUUCAUAUAUGGUCAGUGGUUACUUUAAUAUUGUACUGCUGCUGGUAACUUUUGAUGUAGAACUUGCCUUUUGAUGAUAAAGUACCUCUAGGUUAGACAGUGAGGGAAGGCUCUUGGAAAAAAACUGAAUGUUCUCCAAUGUUUUCUUAACAUAUUUGCAGAAGCUUUCAAAAGGAGUUUCAGUCAAACCUCUUGGCAGUACAGUAUUCUUGUAUUUGUUAUUGUCUGUGUGUAGGUACUGGUACCUUUUUUUUUUUUUUGUUUAAAAUGUUUUAAGUGUUGGCUUUAAAGUGAAUUUAUCUUUAGUAUGAUAGUAAUAUGAAAAUUAUAGGUUUUGUGUGCAGAGAAUUUUUUUAUAAAGUGCUUUGUAAAAAAAAAAAAAAUGUAUUCUAGCUUUCGCGGUACAUAUGUGUGAUAACUUUAAUAUCCAUGACAGUUAAGUGCAAUUAUUUCAUCACUCUAAAAAUGCUAUUUUUGUGUCGGUUACUGCAGGUGUUUUCAUGUCUUUGCAAAGUGACACAUUUUGAUGCCUUCUUGAUAAAGUGGUAGAAUUUUUGUAGCUUUCUAGAAACUUUGUAUUCAUACAGUAUCGAUUGAAAAUAAAGACAAUGAAAGUGUUUUG